UCUUGAUUCAAGAUUGUAAUUGGAGCUUUCUGACACCCAUAUAUAGCAGGAGUAUAUAGCAGGAGUCACGAGUACCAGUCGCAAUUCGAGGGCACAGAUCCGACAUUCGGACUCACUCAGUCGGGUUCUGGAGCACCUGAUGGAAAGCCACGUUGGUUGUCCAUGUUAUUCGUGAUCAAGGCGCAGUCGGAGAAUCUCUUCACGGUCACACGCAGGGAAAUUCGGAAAUUGAAGCUGUGCACCCGUCGUCGGACUACAACUUGCUCAACGCAGAGCGUUACCCAGGCAGAGGGACUGAAGCUUACGAGCAACAGCGCCGAGCGAAAGGUCGUAGGGUUGAUCUAGCGGACAUCAGCCACGCUGUGCAAUCCCAACUGAACUUUGUAGCGCAUACACACUACCUACGAUCACGCUUCGUGUCAUCCCAGCCAAUCGAACCAACAUGGCGGCACACUUGCAGCUCCGUUUCCUGGGGACUUCCAGCGCUGCCAGCCCUUCUCGUAACGUCUCCAGCAUGCUUGUUCGCAUCGGUCAGCAGACGGUGAUGAUAGACUGUGGAGACGGAACGCAUCGACAAUUGCUGGAUCGUAGGUUGGGCAAUCAAGACAUCAAGCUCUCUUCUCUCCGACACAUUCUAAUCACCCACCUGCACGCGGAUCACGUGCUCGGACUCGUUCCACUCAUCAUGGCUAUCAUGGGUCCGCCUGCGCCUGACCAAGGCGGUGGCGGCGUCACCGCUACCACGUCCGCAGAACCAGCUUCCAGAAACCCUCGCCUCGAAAUAUACGGCCCGUGCGGCUUGAGAUCAUUGAUUCGCACCACGCUCAUGAUGACUUACGCCAAUCUUUCGCUGCCCUAUGUCGUGCACGAGCUGCUUUGGCCCCAUGAGUACGCCACAGAUCAUGCGCAGUCUGCAGACGCGCCAUUGCCAAGCUUCAAUGUCGAGCACAAUGCGUCGGGACAGUCAUCGGAACAGUUCAUUGGAGCUGUUCAAGGACCUGCUCGAUGUGUUCCUGUGGUCCCGCCAGGAGAGAUGGAGUUGCCUGGUAUGGACUUUCGACUUGACGAAGCAAGCGCGACUUGGCCCGACUUUCUUCAAGUUGGAGGGCAAAUGGUCAGCGCCGCACCCCUUUUGCAUCGCUGCCCUUGCAUAGGCUACGUCUUUAGAGAACUACCAGUGGCUACGCCAUUGGACCCCUCGAUUCCAGAGCUCAUCAAUUCGCAGGCUGAUGCUCUGUACAAGGAAAGGGGCAUCCGUCAUCCUCUGUCCCUUUUGGGUAGAUUAGUCAAGGCUCGCGAGUCGGUAGAGCUCCCUGACGGCACUUUACUCCAGCCGCCUGAGCUUUACGAUACCGGUAGGAAGAUGGUUAUUCUGGGCGACACGUUUGAUGCGACGGGGGGACUUGCGGACCGAACUGUAGAGGGCCCAGAUGUGGAUGACGAUGGGACCCGGUCUAAAUGGCUAAGGGGUAUGGUCGGGCUCGCGAUGGACGCGUCGGUCUUGGUGCACGAAUCCACCAAUAUCGCUUUGCCCGCAUCCUUGACUAGCAGCAAAUCCAUCGACUCACGCGAAGCGGUCCGAGCCAAGGCCAUCUUGAGGGGCCAUUCCACUCCUCAAGUAGCCGGAAGCUUUGCAGGCAAGAUCCGCGCUAGACAUCUCCUCAUGAAUCAUUUCAGUGUUAGAUACCCCGCUCCAACGGACGCUAGACUCUUGGAAGGAGCGGACGACAGCGGGAGAAGCCAUGUGAAUGUGGAAAGAACGGCAGUGAUGCAAGAAUUUGAGGAUCAAGCGACCGAAGCUUGGCUUAACGCUUUAGGCGAGCACGCACACGAGGUCCAGCCGAGCAGAGCAAUAGCAACAUAUGACGGCUGCGUAUUUGACGUUCCACCACCAUUGCAGGAGCAAAUAGAGCAAGCAGGCCGCUCUAGCCCUCUGCCCUCCUCGAGUCGUAAUUCGAGCGCAUUGAACAGACACGGACGUGCACCUCGGGGUCCGCCUCGUCGACAGGGAUCUUCAGCCACGCUGGCGAGUCAGCAUCAAGAUGUGCACGAGCAGCAGGACGGAAGGAGUAGCUCAAUGAGCGUUGGUCAUCCUUAUGCGUCGGCUAGAAGGUCGACGAGAGGGCGCGGAAGGGGUCAAAACCAUGACUCUAGAAGACACACGAGGGAUGUCUUCGAGGGUCACGUGCGUGAUCCUCACAACUAACAAUGGACGAAUUGAUGCGAAACUGUGCAACACUCGAUCACCUUGGUUGCAAUAUCCAGCACCCAUGUAUCGCGAGCUUCGACGGAGGCCUCGACACCUUGCAGACGUUCUUGACGAGGAACCUUCGCCUCAGACAGACUGCAGUCCUGUGGUGGAGCUGCUUGUGGUGCGUCACUGGCGUUAGUGAUCUUGUCAUCUUGGCGUCAGACACUCGACGAUUUGUGUGGCGUACGACUUGAACCUCGUCCCACCAACAAUGCGGAGGAACAGUUGGUGUGUAGAGAGCAGGCAAGCAAGUGCCGACCUUCAAUUCCGACUCGGUCAGAUCGCAGGCUCGGUGAUACGGUAAAUGCGACGCCCCGCUUUGAUAGGUCGGGGCUCAUGAGAAGAGCACUUCGGAGUCCGCGGCAAGCUUGCUGCUCAUACCAACGACCCGCUCCAGCCUCGAAGAGGCACGUUGUGACCCUUCAGGAACAAAUGGCUUUGGUGCUGC